AGACAUAGUCUUAAGUCUUCAAGUUGUCACUGUGUUUUGUGUAUGAAAAUUCUGUUUUUAGUUAAUACUAACCAUUUAAUUAUUUAUUUAUUAAACGCUCAAUAUGAUCACAAACUUUGAUAAAUUAUGCUCGGACCUAGAAAAACAAGAGCUUGAGGCACCAAAUGGAGUUGCUUCAACAUCCACAUAUGCACAAUUAUUAGCUAUUUAUUUGUAUCAAAAUGACUUAUGCAAUGCUAAAUUCUUAUGGAAAAGAAUACCACAAACAAUCACCAGCAGCAAUCCAGAAUUAACUGCAAUAUGGGCAGUGGGUCAAAAACUUUGGAAGAAAAAUCUUGGUGCUACAUAUAUUGCUCUUGCUGCAUACACAUGGACAGAACCUGUUGCUAAUAUUAUCAGAGCUCUUGAAGAAAAAGUACGUGAAAGGGCGUUCAAUUUAAUAGGCCGCUCAUAUAACUCCAUUUCAAUAGACACAGUUGUAUCGAUGACCGGCCUAAGCUGUGAAGCAGUCCAGCAGAUAUGCAGAGAGCGCAAAUGGGAACUCCAAGCUGAUGGUGUAACCAUAAAUCCUACUCCACCCACUCAGCCAGCACCUUUACAUACAUCUAGUGAAGACCAGUUAUUCAAGCUAACAGAGUUUGUAUCUUUUUUAGAAAACUAAGUCAGUAUAUUAUAAAAAAAUAUUUUUAAGAUUUCAUUCACACUCUUCAAUUGAAGUUUCUUCUAAUAAAGGUAGUUGAAAUUUAA